AUGCAUCUCCUCUUCCUCAAUCUUUCCCUCCUCUUCACCAUAUCCGCUCUCACUCUCGCUCUCGCCGUCCCAUCCCCACCCUCUUUCGGCCCCAACACGCUUCACCUCCACCUCCAUGGUCGCGAACACGGCCGCGAACACAACCAUGCCCUCCACUCGUCUCGGCGUCGAACUAGAGCUGCCACAAGCAAACGACCCAACCCAGUCAACCAACUCCUCCAGAUCGCUCCAACAUCCAACACCUGCGCGGGUGCCCAGUUCCCUGCCGAGUGCGCCGUCUCAUCCAUCGCCAUGGUGCAAGCCAUGGUCGACGGGUUCGCCAAAUACAACGUGACCACGGCGGAAGAACAAGCGGCGCUACUGUCCUGGAUGGCGUUCGAAUCCGGCGAAUUCAAGUUCAACCACAACCACUUCCCGGCGCCCGGGCGCCCGGGCCAGGGGACCCGCGUGAUGCUCAUGCCGAACUUUGUGCAGGAGUACGCCGGCAGCAUUAAGGAGUUGAAGAACCAAGUUGCUGCGGCCGGGACGGAUCCUGAUAAAGUGUUGCAGUUGGUCAUGCCGGAUCGGUUCUCGUUUGCCGCUGCGGCUUGGUAUUAUGGAGUGCAUUGUACCAAGGAGCAGAAGGGGCUGGUGAGGACGGGAGGCCAGCAAGGGUGGGAGAGCGCGUUUGUCACGGGCUGUGUCGGGACCACUGUUACCGAUGAGAGGGUCCAGUAUUGGAAGAGAGCGCGUGAGGCUUUGGGAGUGCCGGCGUGA